CCCGCCUCUUCUUUGAUUUGAUUGGAUAAACGCGAUUAGAAUCCUUUUCUCUGAUUGGUCAGUGCGUACGUCAUAUGCGGUAGUGCUUUCAUGCAGCAAUGGCAGCAAUAGAGACAGAAAAACGUCGUGGUAGAAAUGCUGCCCUGUCCAUCGCCACUGUGGUUAUUGUGCUUGGCUUGCCUUUAUGGUGGAGGACCACAGAAACCUACCGAGCCUGGCUUCCAUACUCCCAAAUCUCUGAGCUGGACUCAUUACAGCUCCAGUUAAGCGUAGAGGUCGAGGUGGUGUUUUCUCGAGGAACCCUGAGCCCCGAGCAGCAGAAGAAGGUCCCACUCAGUCAGACCCGAGAGCAGGAGCACCAAGUAGACGCUAAGAACAGGCUACGGUACAGAUACGAAACCAAGUACCGCACAGCUACCAUCAUGGAGGAGGACGCUUUAAAUCAGCCCUCAGCUCAAGAGGCGGAUCUUUCUCUGCACACGCUCAGUGAGAGCGCGUGUGGCUCGGUCGUGGUGUACGUCGUCCCCGAGUCCUCCACCUUGUUACCGGCUGAUGUGAAGGUGUAUGUGGGUCAGUGGCGCACCGCCCUGCUGCGUGCCGCUCCGCUUCCUGCCUCUGGGAGUCUGAAGGAAGUGCUAUCCGCUGUGGAGCCUCAAGUCAAGCAGGUGAUCGACACCAUGUCCUUCAGCCACCAGGAAAUCAUUGGUGCUCUGAGUGACCGUAUCCGUAUCAGCCAGGUCAGCAAGGAGAGCCUGGUCGACAGCAUGAGGGCCACCAAGUCCAGUCCAGGUUAUGAAAUAACGUUCAGCUUGUUGAACCCUGACCCCAAAUCCCACAGCCUGCACUGGGACAUUGAGGGAGCUGUUCACAGCUACAUCCAACCUCUUCUGAACAAACUGAGCCCCAUCGCCAACUUCUCCGUGGACUCGCAGAUCCUGUACUACGCCGUGUUGGGGGUCAACCCUCGUUUUGAUAACGCCGUAUCGGCGUACACUCUGAACGCAGCCAGUCUGGCGCACGUCAUCAACCCUGUAGAGGCCAGACUAGGCUCCAACGCUGCGUCUUCGUAUCCGGUGCUGAACUUCCUGCUGUAUGUCCCCGAGGCUCAUCACUCUCCACUCUUCAUCAGAGACUACAAGAAGAAGGAGGUGCCUUCAAACGCGUUCCACAGCCCCCGCUGGGGAGGGAUUAUGGUGUACAACGUGAACGACAUGUAUGGCCCCGAGGCGGACUUUCCUGUCCACAUCGACAUCAACAUGGCUAAAGUAAUGGGUGUCUUCUUGGCACAGUUGAGGCUGUUAUUGGGCGUCCAGAAGACACAGCCUCCCCCUGGUUUCGUUCUGCAGAGCCCAGGCAGUGCCGGAUUGGCCGACUGGGAGCUGGACCGGCUGCUGUGGAGUCGCAGCGUAGAGAACGUGGCCACUGCUACGACCACCAUCACAUCGCUGGCUCAGCUCCUCGACCAGAUCAGCAACAUCGUCAUUAACGACAACAUCGCGCAGCAGGUGUCCAGUGCGGUCGCGUCUCUCCAGGCUGCCACGGCUGAGCUGGAGGCCGGGAACCUGGCCUUUGCCCUGCAGUACAGUCGCGAGGCCAUACUGGCUUCUGAGAGAGCGUUUUUCGACCCGUCUCUCUUACAUCUUUUAUACUUUCCUGACGACCAGAAGUUUGCCAUUUACAUCCCUCUCUUCUUGCCCAUGUGUGUUCCCAUCGUGCUCUCACUGCUCAAGAUCGUCAACGAGAUUAGACAGAAACGUGCUGAAAAACUGGCCAAAAAGGACUAACACACACACACACACACACACACACACUCACACACACACACACGGUGCCUGUGAGUGUUGUUUUAAUGCACUGAUUGCUCACUACACUGUAAGUUGUUACUAAAGACAGUCUAUUGUGUAGAUAUUUAUUAUUUUCUGUUUAAAUUCCGAACUAUGAAAUCUUGAAUAGUUUUCAUAUAAUUUUGAAUGUUAUUGUCACAGAACCAAUGACGUUUAUUCCUUUCUUUCUCUACUACAAACCAGGUUUUGAUUUAAAUUUUCUAUACAUUUUUUUUUUAAAUGAAAUGAAUAUGCAAAAAAACCUUUUUUUAUCACUUAAUUUCCAUGUCCUUUAAUAUAUCUUUGCCGUAAAUCCGAUUAUAAAACCGAACCGUCUCUAUUUCACAGAUUCACUCCCUGUUUCUUUAUCUUUGGUUUUUUUUGUGUGUGAUUUUUAUUUUGUCAUUAUUAUUCUUUUUUUUGCUUCAGAACAACAUUAAAUUGGGAAAAAAAAAACACACCACCUCUACACAUGGACAUAACACAAUGUAUGACGUUAGUGGGCAAGUCGUGGCCUAAUGGUUAGAGAGUCUGACUCGUAAUCCUAAGGUUGUGGGUUCGAGUCUCGGGCCGGCCAUGACCGGGGUGCUCUUGAGCAAGGCACCGAAUCCUCCAACUGCUCCCCGGGCGCCGCAGCACAAAUGGCUGCCCACUGCUCCGGGUGUGUGUUCAUGGUGUGUGUGUGUUCACUGCUGUGUGUGUGCACUUUGGAUGGGUCAAAUGCAGAGAACAAACUCUGAGUAUGGGUCACCGUACUUAGCCGUAUGUCACGUCACUUUCAGCUGUAAAUUUAUAGACACGGUGUGUAAUGUAUGUUUUGUCAGAAAUCCACUCAGACUCAGUAUUUUGUCCACAUCUUGUUGGAUUACAUCAAAAUAAAAAUCAUCAGGUGUCGAUGGGCAACAAGUUCUAACUAAGUUCUACACGUAUUCUGUGUGAAAUCUGUAGGAUUGUGCAAUUUGCCUCAUUUUAACUUACUUAAGUCUGGAUUUAAGUCUAGAGCUGAGAUAAAUAAUGCGCACUGUAGCCAAAAUUUAUUUGUUUGUAUCAGGACAAAAAUCUGUUCUAAGGAAAGUAUUAAACCUUCCUGUAAGUCUUAUGCUUGAGCUUCAGGGGAAGUGUUUAAUAUUUAAAACGCACGGCGAUCUGAUGCAGGAAGCCAUAAAAUCUGCUUUUAAUCAUUAAUUGUUUUAAAUGUGAUUUAAAUUUCAUUUGUUUUUGUUGGGAAAUCACCUUCGAUUGCUACUGCCUAUGGGCUCAGACUGACGAUUCCAAUAAAUUGUGGUUUUAUGUAUUUAUUUA